AAAACCCAACUCUGCCCCCUCUUUUCCUUUUUUAUUUUACUUCCAAAAAGUCCCUACCACCUCCUGCCACCGACUCUUCCAAAUCCUUGGUUGCCCUUCUGAUCCGACCCGCCACAACCCAUUUCUCUAUCUCACUGAACCUACUCACCACCACAACAACCAUCGCCUUCCUACAACUCAACGGCAGAUCAACGUGCACAGCUCAAACGAUUUCAAAUUGAGUUCUCCUUCCAAAGCCCUUGCCCUGCCUUUUGUUCAACCGCUGAGCAACCUUUUUUUUCUAAAUUCAGGCCUGAAACAAAGUGGUAGAGAAUGGAGUCGACACUGGCUGAAGCAGCGGCAAAAGAAGGAGAAGGAGUAGGAGGAGGUAUUGUGCCCAGAACGGAUUCUUUGGGAGCAGAGAAAGGGAUGACGAAUAGGAAGGAGAAGAGGAAAGCGAUGAAGAAGAUGAAGAGAAAGCAGACGAGGAAGGAGAUGGCGCUGAAAGAGCGAGAGGAACAUGACGCCAUUCUCAACAAUCCUCUAGAGCUUGCGAAGAUUACGAUGAUCGAGCACGAGGAGGCCGAGCGGUCGGAAAGAGAAAGGAAGAUUUUCGAGGAGCGAGAGAGGGCGUGGAUGGAAGCCAUGGAGGUUAAGAGGAAGAAACAAAUCGAAGAAGAAGAAGAGGAAGAACAAAGAAGAAUCAAGGCUCUUGAGGAAGAAGACGAAUUGUCUCGGAAUGAACAGGUCGAAAAUGCAAAUGACGGUAAUGAGGUUGAUGAGUGGGACUAUGAAGAAGGACCCGCUGAAAUCAUCUGGCAAGGAAAUGAGAUCAUUCUCAAGAAGAAAAGGGUCAAGAUUCCUAAGAAAAACACUGACCAAGAAAGUAGAAAGAAGGAUUCUGAUAGGCCUAUAUCAAAUCCUCUCCCUCCACAAUCUGAAGCUUUUUCUGAUUAUAAAAGUUCAUCAAUGUCAGCACAGCAGCUCAUCGAGAGUGUUGCUCAACAAGUACCUCAUUUUGGAACUGAGCAGGAUAAAGCUCAUUGCCCUUUCCAUUUGAAAACUGGAGCUUGUCGGUUUGGUCAGCGAUGUAGCAGAGUCCAUUUCUGUCCUGAUAAAUCUUCCACACUGCUUAUCAAGAACAUGUACAAUGGUCCAGGCCUUGCUUGGGAGCAGGAUGAGGGGCUCGAGUAUACUGAUGAGGAGAUUGAGCGCUGCUAUGAAGAAUUUUAUGAGGAUGUGCAUACGGAAUUCUUGAAGUUUGGAGAAAUUAUAAAUUUCAAGGUUUGCAGAAAUGGUGCAUUCCACUUGCGGGGAAAUGUGUACAUACACUACAAAUCACUGGAUUCAGCUGUUGUUGCUUAUCAAUCUGUUAAUGGCCGCUACUUUGCUGGGAAACAGAUAAGUUGUGAAUUUAUCAAUGUGACCAGAUGGAAGGUUGCCAUAUGUGGGGAAUAUAUGAAGUCGAGGUACAAGACAUGUUCCCGUGGUACAGCUUGCAAUUUUAUCCACUGUUUCCGCAAUCCUGGUGGAGACUAUGAAUGGGCUGAUAGUGACAGACCACCCCCAAAAUUCUGGGCGAGAAAAAUGGUUGCUUUAUUUGGUUAUUCUGAUGCGGAUGAUAAACCAAUGGUGGAAGAAAAUUUUGGACAGUGGAGGAACUCUAGCAAGAUGUCAUUGGGAGAUUCUGAGAGGUAUGGCUUGCGAAGAUCUAGAUCUAGAGGGAGGGACAGUGAUUCUGGUAGAAGAUAUGACAAUGAAAAUUAUGUUCUAGAGGGAACAUGCCGUCAGAAGCGUACAGGUGAUGAGGAUCUGUGUGAAGAGAACAAGAACUUAAGAAACUACAACCCUAGGAGGAGCAGAAAGUGGGAUGCUGAAUCUGAUGGAGAAUUGUUGGAGAGGGAAAUAGAUAGAGACAGACACCGUGGACAUACUAGGCAUAACUCAAGACAGCAAAACAGGGACCAUAAGAACAAAACCUAUGAAACUGAAUCUGAUGGGGAUUUGUCGCAACGGAACAGAAGAGCACAGCAUGGUACCAGGAAAAGCUCAAGCCAACAGCGGAAAGUAGAAUCCCCAGAUGAAUAUAGGGAUCGGGAGAACAAAAAUCAUGAAGUGAAUUGGGACUGGUCAGAUAGGGACAGAGACAAAGAUGCUGCAUACCAGGACAAUGGGAGACAUUCUGGGCAAAAGAGGAAAGUGAGAUGUCGGGGUGAUCAUAAGGACAUCAAGAACAGAGCUCGUGAUACUGAUGGAGAGCGGUCAGACAACAACAUGAAAGGUGAUGAGCAUGACAGUAGGAGGAAAAGCAUGGAACCCUCGUCACACUCCAGCAAAGCUUCUAAAUUCUCAAAUCACGGGGGAAGAAGCACCAGGUCCUGUAGUACUGACUUAAGUGAUGAUCUGUUAGAAAACAAUGCAGAAAGGCCCCCUAGUCAUGCUUGGAAACGAUCAAAACGCUUGGAUGAAGUGUCAGAUAUUUCACAUGAUGAUAAAGUCCCAACACUAGAUUUGAAACAUGGGCGUGAUCAUUUGAGCAUAUAGAUGAGGGAAGCUGAUUCUCUAGUUGAAAAUUUGAAAUCACGUGGAACCCAUGAGUCCAGCAGUGUGGGUCCAGAUGAUACAAGAUUCAACUCUGAUGUACUCACGGACAAAGAGGAUCGCUGGGAACCCGAAAAUAGUUCCGUUGAGAAUGAGAUAUACCAUACUUCUAAAAGAAAGGCUGGAAGUUCAGAGAGUUGCGAUUCUGGUAGGCCAGGUCCAUCUAAGGGAAGAGAUGAAUCAAGUGAUUUUGAUUCGGAAGUCUACUACUACAGUAAAAUUGGCUGGGAAAAAGGCGAAAAAUCUGACAGGGUAACUCAUUCCGAACAUGGAAAAUCAAGGAGAAAGUCUAGAAACAAGGAUCGCAAGCUUGACAGUGAUGACAGACCUCGGCAGGGUAGCAGCCAAUCUAGCCACAGGAGACACUCAAGUGGCUUGGAUGAUGCCACAGAUUCAUCCGAUGGUGACAAAGAAUCUGUAAGGAAACACAAGAGGCACCAUGCAGGUCAUAGAUCUCGUGAUCACAAACGACCAAGGUUAGCCCCUUGAGAUUCGUCUCUAAGAGUUGUUAGAAGUCUGUCCACAAGGAAGAAUGUAACUUAUUACAAAUUUAACCUGUUUACAGAUAUGUAGGCUGUGAAACCGUGUUCUCUUCUUUUUUUUCCAAAGGGGAACACCUGGUGGCAAGCCACGGUUAUCCAUCCCUUCCUCUUCUCCCUGACCACAAGUUUGGCUUCCACACCAGUAGCAGGUGUCUGCUCAUACAUCGGCUGGGAAAACGGUGGUGGCGUCGUAUGCAAUUGCAAUGUCUCUAAGAAAAAAGCAGAGAGUGAUAUACACUUCACGAAUCAAAGCACUGAGCAACCAAAAGUAUAGAGAGUUCAAAGAGGAGUUUUCCGACGUUGGUUUGAUGACUGGCGAUGUAACUAUCGGCCCCAAUGCUUCCUACUUGGAUGCUAUGCACGCAUUUUUUUGGAUUCCUACACGAAUGCAAAAACACGGACAGAAGCAGUGAAGUAAACGGAUGCCGAAGCCGACAACACAAUUCAGGACCCGAGUGGUGGAGGCGGCAGCAUAACAUCUCUCCUUUGUUGUUGUUGCUUUGGGCGUUUGUGUUUGUAUAACCGGUACGCCAUACACAGGAUUUGGAUCCGUUUAUUGCUGAUAAGAUGUGGUCGGAAUUGGAUGGAGAUACUGUGUGCUGCUGCUGCUGACCUUGGUGUUGAAAGCAGUUUCUUGUUGGCUUGGAACUGGAUCAUGAUGGUGAUAGGCAAACUCUGGAGCAGGCUGGACUGGAGGUGCCAAAGGAGUCUCGUAGAUGUAGUCAGCAUCCAACCAUGGUGGUAAGGGUGGAGCCGAGGGUUGGGUUGAGGAGGAGGAGUAUGAGCAGCAAUAGUGGCCGGGUGGUGGCGGUGGUGGUCGUCGAGGUGGUGGGGGAGGAUAAUAGAGUUGGUGUUGAAGGCCGGUGGAAUUUGGAAUUUCGGUGAGAGCAGCAGCCUGAGCAGGAGGAAUUGAUAAGUUUGUAAACACUGAAAAGCUUCUUCCUCACGAAAAACUUGGCGCAAUUCACUUGCAAGCAAGAGAUACAAGGCUAUACAUUUAUGUACAAAAGCUCGAUUCAACAUGUCUCAACGAGUACAAAAGGUAGAAAAUAAAUUUCAAAAAAAAAAAAA